GCUUCCUGGAAAACAUGGACUGUAACCCAGUAGGGAAAAGAAAAGCUGUGGUUUGACCAAUAAGAAAUGAGACUCCGGAGGUGGCAUGAGGACUUCUGGGUUCGCUCAGCUGCUGGCAGGUGACACCUGCUUAUCCAGAUGAAGUGAUUGAGAAGAAACAGUGAACCACUUCCUUUGGUAGAAGGACAGCAUGGAGCAGCCAUUUACUAUGAACUCUCUGAAAAAAUUAGCUGCUAUGCCUGACCACACAGAUGUCUCCGUGAGCCCAGAAGAGCGGGUCCGAGCUCUGAGCAAGCUGGGCUGCAAUAUUGCCAUCAAUGAAGACAUCACGCCUCGCCGCUACUUCAGGUCAGGGGUAGAAAUGGAGAGGAUGGCGUCUGUGUACUUGGAAGAAGGAAAUUUGGAAAAUGCCUUUGUUCUUUACAAUAAAUUUAUAACCUUAUUUGUAGAAAAGCUUCCUAGCCACCGCGAUUACCAGCAAUGUGCAGUACCAGAAAAGCAGGAUAUUAUGAAGAAACUGAAGGAGAUUGCAUUCCCAAGGACAGAUGAAUUGAAAAAGGACCUUUUAAAGAAAUAUAACAUAGAAUACCAAGAAUAUUUGCAAAGCAAAAACAAAUAUAAAGCUGAAAUUCUCAAAAAACUGGAGCAUCAGAGAUUGAUAGAGGCGGAAAGGAAGCGGAUUGCUCAGAUACGCCAGCAGCAGCUAGAAUCGGAGCAGUUUCUAUUUUUCGAAGACCAGCUCAAGAAGCAAGAGUUAGCCCGAGGCCAGAUGGGAAGUCAGGAGACUCCUGCACUUUCGGAGCAGAUUGAUGGGAAGGCUGUCUCCUGCUUUCCCUCACACCAGAACAAUUCCUUGCUGAAUGUAUUGGCAGAUCAACCUAAAAGCGAAGCAACCAAUUAUGCUAGCCAUUCGCCUCCUGUAAACAGGGCCUUAAAGCCAGCAGCUACUCUAAGUGCUGUGCAGAAUUUGGUGGUUGAAGGAUUGAGAUGUGUGCUCUUACCAAGAGAUCUUUGCCACAAAUUCUUGCUGCUGGCCGAUUCCAACACAGUAAGAGGAAUAGAAACUUGUGGAAUACUCUGUGGGAAACUGACACACAAUGAAUUCACUGUUACCCACGUAAUCGUGCCAAAGCAGUCUGCAGGACCAGACUAUUGUGACGUGGAGAACGUAGAGGAACUGUUCAGUGUUCAGGACCAGCACGGUCUCCUCACUUUGGGAUGGAUCCAUACACAUCCCACCCAAACCGCAUUCCUGUCCAGCGUGGAUCUACACACACACUGUUCCUAUCAGCUCAUGUUGCCAGAAGCUGUGGCCAUUGUUUGUUCCCCAAAGCAUAAAGACACUGGCAUCUUCAGGCUCACCAAUGCUGGCAUGCUCGAGGUUUCCGCUUGUAAAAAUAAGGGCUUCCACCCUCACACCAAGGACCCCCGGCUGUUCAGUAUAUGCAAACAUGUGUUGGUAAAAGACAUGAAGAUGACUGUGCUGGAUCUGAGGUGACGUGCUCUGAGGAGUGAAGCCUUGUCGCACCAGACACCCGGGUCCCCUUAAGAUGUUUCCAGAGAUGACUGAUACUUUAUAUUUAUACGUUUUUAGAUCAGAAAGUUUGAUAUUUAUUGCUUUUGCAUAUCUUGAAGUUUUCUUUUUCAGUUGCUUUGUCUCCAGACAGGUCACCUGGUGUUAAAUCGAGGCCUCUUAGUAUAUCUAAAUACCAUCACCAGAUAAUAAAUUGUGCUGCAGACAAGAGUAUGUCUGGUUUUCAGAUCUUUAGAUUUUUGCUACAUUUGAAAGAAUUUAUGUAAAACAUAAUUCCAGACAUAUUUCCUGAGGUAGUCUCUAAAGAAAACCCCCCUUUCCGCCAUGGUAGAGGAAGGCAGAGCUUCCACAUGUGAGAAGGAACAUGGCUGUGGUUAGCAGAGCUCACCCUGUGUCCUGAAUGUCACCACAUCCAAAGCUCAGAAGGUCACAUCUGCAGGGAAUCGGUGUGAGACCCCAGGACGACAGGCUUCAAGUCAGUCAUCAGGUAUCAGACGACAAUGGAAGAGCACAGGAUUCAUUAGCUUGAUUUGGAAAUCUGAAAGCAGAGAAGUUUGAGAGAGGAAUAAAAAGCAACUUAGGUAAAGGAAUAGGGCCUGUGAAUAUGAAUGGCCACAGGGGUGACAGGGAGAAGAAAAGAGGCAUAGAAAAUAACUGAUAAUUAUUAGCCAAGAAAGAAUAAAAAAAUUCAGAAGUAACACUUGCAACACAGAACUACAUCCCCAAUUUUAAAAAAAAUUCUGAGACAGGCUCUCUGAAUUGCUAACUGCCCAGGUUGGGCUAUCAGGGAUUAUAGCUGUAUGUAACACCUGACUUAGCACUCACUUUCUAGUUCAGUGAUUUCUGGAUUCCAGGCAUGGGUAUUUUUCUGUGCUCUGUGCUUGGACGAGUUAACAUCCUUCCCACUUAUUCUUUGGAACUGGCACCAUGCCACUGAAAUUCAGCUCAUUUUCAUUCAUGAAGAAACUACUAUGGGCAGAUCAGUGACUUAUUGUUUUAUGAACGUGUAGCCUUGGAAAGUUUAAAUCUCAGACUUAUGAAGAGUUUAGCUAGUCCAGCACAUGGGGCCUUGAGUCUGUGACCACCACCAGCUAAGGGCAAAUUAACUCUGCAAGACUUCCUCGCUGUUCCUGAGUGUGCUGUCCUCACUUUGUAAGCACUUAGGACACUGACAUUCUUAUACAUGUGAGCAAAGAACAGGAUUUAUUCUAGUAAAACUAAAUGAAAGGACAAGGAAUAGUUGAGAAGUGAGUUUUAUCUUCUUUAUAGAAUUCAAUAAUAUAGUAAUAGAUCAAGGAGAUAUAAAAUAAUGUCUGCUGAGAAACUGGGUAUUAAGUGAUGGCUGGAGAGAGAAAGGAGUCAGGUGAAAGCUAAGAACAUUUAGCUUUUUAGAUUUCCAAAGAUAACAGAGAAGUUGGGAGUGAGUAUGCAAAGCCUAUUGGGCUCCUUUGAAUGACAAAUUGGAAGAGAACCCAUUUUUUGUUUAAAAAGUUAUGUUGUGUCCCCUAAACAAAGGAGGCAUUCUUGACACUUAUACUCCCUUGCAAGAAGAGCCAAAGGUUUAGGACUAAGGUGAAGCUUCAAAAGUUCUUUUGGAAGGGGCUGUGAUUUUUCUAUCGCCAGGUACAAACCCAGUUAACCAGACUUCGCAGAAGAACUUGUCACAGAAAAGGAUUCUUGGAAGCUGCAAACCAGUGACCUAAACGGUGGAGCAGAGUGAGUCUCCAAGGCUCUGUGUCUGAAGGAAGAACCAAGAGGAACUUGGACAGGCCAUUGGAGAAGAGUCACACGUGUCCAUGUGGCUGGUCACCUACCACCUGUGUGUGCUCUUUGAUGAAACUUCCUUCAGAAGAGCCCCUUCCCAGCAGCAGUACCACCUCCUCUUUCGAAUGGAAAACAGUUCCAUGGCCCCAUGUUGGCCCUCCCAAAGCAAAACAUCAGAUUUGCCACAAUUUUUCACAAAUUUUUCCACUUGUGUCUCUGUACAAAGCUGAAACGAUUUAGCUUAAAUUUCUUUGGAUUCUAAUGCUAGUCUGUCUAUUGUACACAGAGCCUGUCACCUAGAAAGUAAAAGCUGAGGUCUUAACCCAUCAUGCCUUAGAAUGUGACUGUAUCUGCAGGUGGCGUCUUUAAAGAGGUAAUGACAUUAAAGGCCACUGGAAAUACCAUGAUUCAGUAUGAUGGGUUUCCUGGUGUGAGAGAGUAGAACCCCACACACAGAGAGGGAAGUUGAGUAAAGUUACAGGAAUAAAAUGACCAUCCUCAAGCUAAGGAGAGAGGCCUCAGAAGAAACCAUCCCUGUCCACAAGUUGGUCUUGGAUACCUAGAUUCUGGAACUAUGAGAAAAAGUAUUUCUCAUGUUUAAGCCAGUCACUCCAUGGUAUUUUGUUAUAGCACCCUUAGCAAAUAAAUGCAGUAUUUAAUAAACAUUUACCGAGAGCAUUUGUUUUUCUUUUCUCUCAAAACAAUGGGAAAUGGAUGUCUUUGUUAUUAUAUGGGGCAGGGGCAGAGAUCGUUUUCUUCUCCGCAGACCCAGCCAGUUGUGGAAGGGCAAAGCAGAAUGUUUGUGGAUUAUUUUCAGCUACUGAAAUCGUUCCUGCUUUCUUUUUAGUAGGGUUUCGCCUUUGGAAAAUAGUCCUUUAAUUUGAGACCACAUCCGAGAUAGAAUUAGUUCAUCUUUUCCUCCACUUCAUUCCAUGCUGCACCCACAAUAAUGGUGCCAAGGACAGCAUUAUUACAACAGUUUGACUUUAGUUGAGUUUUCUGUUGCAAAACCAGCAAAGUGGUCUCAGAUGUGGAAAGCAGAUGUGUCUCUUGCAGCAUGUCUUGCAGACUGAUCUGGCAAGACGAUGUCUUUUGUGUAGAAGAUGCUUGAGAAAUGCCAUGUAUUUGGCAAUGAAUAAA